AUGGAGACCCAAAUUGAGGCCGCUAACCUCGGGGAAGAAAAUGUGGAGGCCGCUCUAACGGCCCUCUUCCGUGAAAUUUCCGCAGCUGAAACUCUGGACCCCACUGAAUUUGACUGUGCCCACAGAGCUAAAACUCUGGACCCCACUGAAUUUGACCAUGCCCACUGCGUGCCUCAUGAAAUAAUUUGCUGUCUACACUCCUACAAGGUGAAAGAAAAGAUCAUGGCUAAGGCCCAAGACCAACGUAGCGAUUCUGAGGUGUGGAGGUGGCACUGUACUGAGAUCUGUCCCCCCUUACACUUGAAGCCCGCAGAGCACUGA